AUGGCGGAUAAAGGUUUAGUCGAAACGAAGGCUAUCGCGUCUUUGUGCGACCAAUUGGAACAGGCUCUAUCACUAUCACCUCAAUCCCAGCUCCCGCCCGAAAUUCUGGCAGAAAUCUUCAUCCACACUCUUCCUCAGGCUAGCGACUCCGGAUGGGAGUGCUACUGGGAUCGAGAAGAUGCAUCUCCGGCUGACGAUAUCGAUAUAUCGAGUGGUGCUGCAUCUCCGUCCAACGACGUAUCGAGUUUGGCAUCUGGGAGCUUAUCGUUUGGAUCUACUGCUUUCGGAGAUUUGGAAGGUGCGAACGCGACUGGAAGAGGGGCUGGAGGACGGGAAGGGCGAGGAUCUUUUUCCGUCGCUGACAGCUUGGGUGCCUCACCUUCUUACCGCCCACGAGCGAGCGGAUUCUUCUCCUCCUCGAACCCUCCAGAAACUGGCGAAGGCCUGCCAAGCGUCUCAAGAACCAGUACCCUGUUGGCGAUAACACACGUAUCGACGUCAUGGCGCAACAUUGCGAUUCGUACACCAGAGCUGUGGAACAGGAUGUGUUUCGAGUAUACGUAUUUCGACUCGGCGUCCUCAGUGCCUUCCGACCUCCAUGCUCACGCUUACGCUUCGGCGUUUCCUGUGUACCCUGAAAACCCUUUUCGUGUGGUUGGUGCUGCAGGGUCCAACAAUGGUGUAAGGGGGAGGGAAAGACCCGAGAGUGAUCGCGAGGUUGAUCCUCGAUCCAAUCUGCUCCGUCUGUGGAUGGAGCGCUCGCACCCUCUGCCCAUCCACCUAGCCCUCACGCCCCGCUACGCCCUCCUACCAUCCACGCCACUCCACCCAUCCACGCUCGCCGUCCUCACUGCUCAUUCCAACCGCAUUCGGACGCUGGCUAUCGAUGCGCCUGUGAAGACUGUGCUGCAGCCUCUGUUCUCGCCGUUUGCUGGUGAGGAGGUGGCGUUUGGUGCUCUGGAGGGGCUGAGCAUCAAGGCGAACUUGGUGGAUUCGGUGUCCGUCGCCCAGCCUAUUCGGGGGUUUGAGGCGUGCCCCAUGCUUCGACGCGUGUCUUUGGAUCUGGCACCUGCGCAGCCUGGUGUACUCGCCAUCGAUUGGGGGAAGAUUACGCAUCUGGAUAUGCUCAACGCCCGAGCGCCUGUGAACCGUGGAAGGUGGAUUCACCUCGUCCGAGCGUGCCCGAAACUCGUAGUGGGCAGGUUCUGGGUGACGUCCCAGUCUGACUAUAUGCAUCUUGCUCCUCCCCCGUCAUCGACCUUUCUUACGGAUGGCAAUGCGACGUUGAGCACCCCGUUUGCGAUGGACGAUCUCGUGGAACUGGUGAUUGAAUACCGAGGCUCGGAUAGUCUCUCCUCGUUGUUUCAUAACCUCAGCUUUGGGAAGCUCAGGAAUUUGGAAGUACGAUGUGAGCCAGGCGAAAGAUUCUUCCAUGAUCGUAUGAAUUUAGGGAGCUGGAAUAAGCUGGUUGGGAGGUUUGGAAGAGGGCUGAGGAGGCUGGUUCUGACUGGCUUGGGGUGCUCGGUGGAUAACUUGCUGCUGUUUCUGAGGACCUUGGAUGCGUUGGAGGAGCUCAAGUUGGAUAUUCCGAAUCUGGAGGAUGACAGGCUCGUCGGUGCCUUCUGCGUGCGGCGGGCACAGACGCCUGGAUCCUCGGAGAGCCCUCUCCUACCUCACCUUCGACGGCUGUGGUUCAGGGUGAACCGUUUCGACUCGGACUCGUCGCGUGUGUAUCGAGAUGUGGUACAGACGAGGGUUGCUUUGGCAGAGGGGAGAGACGGAGUUGGGUGUUUCUAUCUGAUUUUGCAUUUUGAUCGAGCCAAGUGGUAUGGACGUUCGAUUGAUUUGGUUGAUCAUCUCGGUUUGGACGAUGAUGCAUAUGGUUAUUUACGCGCGCAUGUUGUUAUUCGACACGUAUCUGCGUACGAAAGACUCUAG